UGCUCACAAGCGAAUGUCCCGUUAGAGUCGCCGUAGCGUUCCCGGCGAGGUUCCUUGGCAACCAACCACGGCAAGCGGCUUUCUCCGGUUCUUUUGAAAGGGUCAUGGACGCGGCCUACCGAGUCGCUUCGCUCACAGUUUCCUGUCUUCAUACGCCGGUGAACCCGCGCACCAGAGCGCCGGUCGCGCUUUGCGAACGAGAGGCCGGGGGUGGCGAGUGGCAGGAUAGUUUGAGUCCUGAGAAACAGCAGAAUUCUACUAUGCAUGCUGAUCGCAAAGACUGGAUAGACCUCUCCAAAUUGUAUCUUUCAAAUCAAGAAUAUCACUUAAAGCUGGAAGAGCUUAAGAAUGCUCACCUGGAGACCAUGGCAACAUUGGAAAACAUGUAUCGGAAUAAACUAUAUCUAAAUGGCGUUAAACCUUUAAGAAAAGUGGAUGCGAACUAUAGAUCAACCUGGGAGCCAAGCCCUUUUCAAUCUCAGAAUAUGUGUAAAUCAUUUUCUGAUCCUGAUUUAAACAAUUAUUUUAAUUCAAAUUUAUCCCAUAUACCUGAUAAAGAAUUGGAGUUAGAAGAAAAUGACAGUGAAGGCAGUUUACUAACAUUUGGUAAGGAACAAGUUAAAAAUGCAUGGGAUGGGGUUUCUCUGGAUGAUUAUUCUCACAGCAACAAAAGUAUUUCAUCCAAAUUACAGACUUUGAAGAAGAGCAAGAGGAAGAAAAAAAAGUGGUCCCCAAAGAUCACAGUACCUGAACCUUUCCAAAUGACUAUCAGAGAAGCUAAGAAAAAACAACAGAACAUCAAAUCAAAGUCACUGAUUGAACUGGAAAAUAACUUGCUGAAGAAACAAUUAGAAGAGGAUGCAGAGUGUCAAAAGAAAUUCCGAGCCAAUCCAGUACCUGCUUAUGUUUUUGUCCCUCUCUAUCAUGAAAUAAUGCAGGAAAAUGAAGGACGUAGAAAGUCACUAAAAGAGAGGAGUAGAGAGAUCCUUCUCACUACACAGAAGCCAUUUCAGUUUAUUGAACGAGAAGCACAAAAAAAAGAAAUGAGGAAAAUGCAAGUGAUGGGCCUAUCCUCAUCGGAAAAGAAAGCAAAAGUGUUCAAAGCAAAGCCAGUUCCUAAGUUCGUUUACGGUUCAGAAGUCUAUGAGAAGCUAAAGGAAGAGGAGCUCUAUAGAGAUAUUCGAAUUCAGAUGAGAUCGGCAGAGCUUCUGCACAAUUCAUCCCUUCCUAACAGCAGGUUAGGAAAUAGAGGUGCCAAUAAGAGUAAGCAACAAAAUUGUCUCGACCAGAGUGAAGAAUUGGAACAGAAACCAAAGUCCAAAGCCAAGGUCCCAGAUUUUGAAAAGUUACAUCAAAAAUUCCUGAAGCAGCUUGAGAGAGAGAAGAAUGUGAAACCCAUUACAGUCUGUGAACCCUUCAAUCUCCAUACAUCAAAUAUCCCAUCCAACAAAGAGAAAAUUCUUGAGGACAUCCAAAUGGAUGAAGAAAAAUUAAAGGAAACACGUUGGCCCUAUGCCUCUUCAAGAGCUAAGCCUCAGAUGAGGUCUUUGAAUGCAAAUUCAUCUCCUUCACUCUGUGAAAAAUCUACAUCUCCAAGAAUCACAGAAUCUACAAGAAGGCGAUUACAAGCAGUAAGGGAUUCAGCUGAGGAAAAAAAGAAAGUGGAAGAAGAGCGGAAAAGAAGCAGAGCAAAGCAGAAACAAAGAGCAAGAAAACUUCAGAGACUUAUAAACUCCCGGGCUGAGGCAAAUCACCCACGUCAGAGUCCAGCUCAGAUGCAUACAUCGAAGUUAAAAAUAUUCAGGAAACAUGAAAAGCAGAGAGUGAAAGAAUAUCUGCAGGAGCUGGAAGAAAUGGAAGAAAGAGUGAAAAAGAAGCCACUGCUGUUGGAACGAGCUAUGCAGAAAAAUGCACGAACAGCAGCAGAGAAGCAUUUCUCUGAUAUUCUUCAAGAGGUGGGACUAUGGGAACAGUUUGUUUCAAGGAAAGGCCCAAGUGCUACAGAGAUGCUUUUGCAGGAUCAUUUCAGUGAUGGCUCUGAAAUCUUGGCAGCGGUCAGUGAAAGUGAUAAUCAAACUAAAGUAGAAGACAGAGAAUCUCAGGGAUUGGUGGAGAGGUCCCAACUCCAGUUGGCCCAAUCCUGUGAAGAAGAAGAUGAUGAUAAUGCAGAGGCUCAGUCAGAUGAGGAUGACCAGGAUGCUCCUGAGUAUGAAAGUGAAAACGAUGAAGUUGCCGCAGAAAAAUCAAGUGAAGAUGAAGACUAAUAUUGCUGCUUCCAUGUUGCAUGGGUUUUGGUGCUUAGAGCUCAUUCUGUUGCUCCUAAUAAGAUACAAGAUGCAGAAAAUGUGACUAUGGUGUAAAUAGAGUUUUGUGUGCUUUUUAUGUGCAGAUCUGCUGUGAGUUCUCAAUUGACAUAUUUCAUUUAUUUGUUUUAUUAUAAAAAGCAAAGCUAGGCAUGUUGAUCCAUAAGAAAAAAAUCUCCACAAUCUAAAACUUGACAAUACUUUUAUUAGGACAAAUGAAAAUAUCACAAAAUAGUGUCAAGUUUUUGUGUUUUCCAGAACUCUUAAUUAGACAAGAUGUUGUGCGGAGGGAGGGGGGAAAGAUGAAAAUAAAAAUCACACAAGUACAACAGCUAGGCUAGAUCAGUGGUUCCCAACCGUUAUUAAUAUGGGAUCCCCUUUGUAAGCUCAAACAUUUUCAUGACCCCCUCCCAUGCUAAUUGUAACUUUAGUCUCUGUUAAUUGAAAAAAAUGGUCCAUGGCAAAAUCACAUCUCCAAAAAUCCCUUUCCGUUGAAAGCUCCCUGUGGACAGGGAGGUGUUGCUUUCUUUUCUUAAUGCAAAGAUCCAAUCAAAAUUGGUAUUCCCCCCCCCCCAGUCUGACGA